CCUAACCUCUAUAAAAUAUCUAACAUACCCAUCUCACUGUACCAUAAACUAUCCAUCUCCUUCAUCGAUCGAUACUUCGACACGCACCUUUUUCAUCUUCUCUUCUCGUUCACUUCCAUGAUGACCUCAAAGCCACAAACACACGUAGUAAUUGUCUCCAGCCCUGGCGUUGGCCACCUUGUCUGUGAUCUUGAGCUCGGAAAUCGCCUCGUCGCCGAUCACAACGUCCAUGUCACCUUCUUCGUCGUCGUUGAAUCCAACUCCUCAGCCGGCGAAUCCGAUCUUAUCCAAUCAGCCAGAAUUCAAAAUCUCCUAGACAUCAUCGAACUACCACCUGUGGACAUCUCAGACAAAGUCGAACCCAAUUAUCCGAUCUUCACAAGGCUAACAACCAUCAUGCGCAAAACAAAUCCAAUUCUCAGGUCAGCAAUCUCAUCCCUGAAUCCUAGCCCAACAGCUCUCUUCGUUGAUAUUUUCGGAACACCAGCACUUGAUGUUGCUGACGAAUUUCACAUGUUAAAGUACGUAUUUGUUACCUCUGCAUUGCCACUUGCGUUAAUAUUAUAUGUUCCUGUCCUCGACAAGGAAGUAGAAGGUGAAUACGUUGUUCAAAAAGAACCGCUUAGGUUGCCGGGUUGUAUGCCGGUUCGACCAGCUGAUGUGGUUGACCCGUUGCUGAACCGGACAAAGCUUGAAUACCGUGUGUUCUUACAGGUUGGAUUAGAGAUGCGUCAGAGUGAUGGGGUUUUGGUGAACACUUGGGAAGAUUUGGACACCACAACGCUUAAAGCAAUGAGAGAACAAGAAGGUUACGGAUCAGUACCGGUUUAUGCGGUCGGACCGUUGGUUAGACCGGUUAAACCGUCUGGUUUAAAGAACAAGUUGCUGGAUUGGCUAGAUGAGCAACCGGUUGAGUCUGUAAUUUAUAUUUCUUUUGGUAGUGCUGGGGUUCUCUCAGCCCAGCAAAUCACUGAGCUUGCUUGGGGUCUAGAGCUUAGCCAAAAGAGAUUUAUUUGGGUGCUACGUCCGCCUAUCAAGGACAAAGGUGGUAAUGCCUUGGAUUACUUGCCUGAUGGGUUUUUGGAACGGACCCACAAUUUGGGACUAGUGGUCACCCAAUGGGCUCCACAAUCGGAAAUUUUGGGCCAUAAAUCAAUAGGUGGGUUCUUAUCUCAUUGUGGGUGGAACUCAUCGCUGGAGAGCAUACUAAAUGGUGUGCCAAUGAUAGCAUGGCCUUUAUAUGCAGAGCAGAAAAUGAAUGCUACGAUGCUAGCUGAGGAGUUAGGAGUGGCUGUGCGUCCCAAAAUCGCACCAACUAAAGGAAUUGUAGGAAGAGAAGAGAUUGAGAUGAUGGUAAGGAAAGUAAUGGGGGAUCAAGAAGGAAAGGCAAUGAGGGCUAGAGUUAAGGAACUUAAAGACAGUGGGGAAAAGGCUUGCGCUGAGGGUGGUUCUUCUUUCAAUGCAUUGGCUCAACUGGUAAAGCAAUGUGAGAAGAACUUGCAGCGUCAGAAAGUGAAGUAGGCUGUAUGAGCCACCAAUAAUCAAUGUUGGAAAAAAUGCUUGAGGUAUAGCACUGAAUUUUUUGCUAUUGGGCUGGAAGCUAGGAGCAAGCCGGUCAAAUCUAUCAUUCUAGUGGGAUGGGAAAAGCCUCCGUGGGGUUGGUUGAAGCUGAAUUCUGAUGGUUCAGCCUUAAAUAAUCCCGGAAAAGCAGGUGGAGGAGGCUUGUUACGCGAUCAUGAAGGUAAUUGGGUGAAGGGAUAUAUUAGAGGCAUCGGGUACACCAACAGCUUCAUGGCUGAACUGUGGGCAUUAAGAGAUGGAUUGAAUAUAGCUAGGGAGAUGGGUGUGAACAACCUUAUCAUUGAGUUAGACGCGUUGAGCAUUGUUUUACUUAUGAACAAUGAAGCUGAAAAUAUCAUGAUGGAACCUUUACUCUCUGAUUGCAGGAGCCUCUUGAAACAAAUCCCAAACAAGCGUGUGCUUCAUGUCUACCGUGAAGCAAAUCAAUGUGCGGAUGCUUUGGCAAAGCUUGGAGCACAAACCGGCUCUAAUUUUGUAGUUUUUUGUAACCCACCGCCUGUGGUGGAAAGUUUGUUAGCUUUUGAUAAUGCUAACUUGUUUUGUAAUAGACUUAUUUCUUAGUUAAUAUUAUAUCUUGGUUUACCAAAAAAAAAAACAAUUGUUGUACUGCA